CUAAAAAUAAAUUAUAAUAGUAUUGUGGCAGCCACGCCUCGAUUGUCUAGUUCCGCUGCCGACACUCUCAGUCUGCCCCACUCUGCCACUUCCUAUGCAGCUAUAAAUAACAUCGAUGCACCCCAACUUACAUUCUGGCAGACACGCGACAGAUCAGCUGCGUUUACACAUUUAGAAAAAGUACUACGCAGACUACCCCAAAGUCUUUGGAUUUGGUUUUUAUGCUGCAUCCAAUGUGUCAGUGCAACGCGCAACGUCAUGGAGAACAGAAGUGCCCCCAUUCUGCCUACCUAUGCAGAGUCCUGUGCCACCGGCAACGACUUGAAAAAGAGUUCGCUCUGUCAGACGCUUUUCCUUUAUAACACGCUCAAGGAACCAGAUCCAGUUAUUAUACUGAUUACAUUAGCCGUUGUCAUUGGGUCCUUUUGCCUGCUUAGUGGUUUUUUCCUUCUCUGUGUGGUAUCGAAGGCGUGGCAAGAUGAAACAUCCGAGGCCAUUUUACUCAUGGGAAUUGGAUUCUUCAUUACAUCCUUAUCAGGCGUCACUUGGAAACUCACGAAUGUCCAGCGUCUGGCCCAGUUGCAGGAAACCAUUUCGAUUUAGUUAAUAUUUAGUUCACAAUGCCAAAUAUAUACCUAUUUAUUUAUUAAAAUACUAAAAUUCAAAAUGAUAAGACAA